UUAUGUAUUAAUUUUUGCGCACUUCCGUGAAAUUCACUAAUGGCAUGUAAAUAAUACCUGGUGGUAUUUUAGGUGGCACGGUAGAAACGCGACAACGAACUUGGAACUAAACCCUAAAGCGCUUCCAUCCGGCCUCGACGACUACCCUCGUGCUUCGCACCCAACCGACGACGAGUACCAUCUAGAUCUGUACUGUUGGAUGGCGGUAUCCUCGCGGACGAUGGCUAAGUUGUCACGUAUGUUCAACGACAGUGAAGCUCUCGCGAAGUUCGAUGCCAUGUCCAAAACCCUGAACGAUCCCAGGCACCUCGAUUCGCUGCAUUGGAGCGACAGGACGAGUCGCUACGCCGACUACGGUUUGCAUACGAGGAACGUGAAGCUGGAGACUAAGACGUUUGUGCAGAAUGUCGAUGACACACCGUCUAAGCAUAUGUCCAGAACCGAGACAAAGCGAGUGGUCCUGCGUGAGCCGCAGCUGCGUCUGGUCACUGACGCUUUCGGCUAUCUGUCAUUGUUUCCGUUGUUCUUCCGAAUGAUUCCGCACGAUUCGCCGAAACUCGAAAAGGUUAUCAAACAAAUGUUGGAUCCGGACCUGUUGUGGACACCGUUUGGUCUACGUUCGUUGGCAAAGACAUCGCCAUGGUACAACAAGUACAACACGGAGCAUGACCCACCUUACUGGAGGGGCAACAUAUGGGUCAAUAUGAACUUCCUGGCUGUCAGCAGUCUUCACUACUACAGCCAACAGGAAGGACCGUAUCGCGACUUAGCAUUCGACGCGUACGCGAAACUGCGCAGCGCCGUGGUCAGCAACGUAGUCAAAGAGUACCAUCGCACUGGCUACUUGUGGGAGAACUACAACGACGAAACUGGCCACGGUCAGCGAAGCCACCCGUUCACCGGAUGGACGUCGUUGGUACUAUUGAUGAUGUCAGAGACGUACGAGUAA